AUGUCUUCCGACAAGGGAAAUGUACGGAGAAAGGUGGUCUGUUUCUCAGACUUCGACGGCACAAUCUUCAUGCAAGACACCGGCCACGUCCUCUUCGACAAAUACGGCUGCGGCGCCGAACGACGCCAAAUCCUCGACGAACAAAUCAAGACCGGCGAACGCUCCUUCCGCGACGUCUCGGAGGAGAUGUGGGCGUCCCUCAAUGUGCCCUUUGAGGAUGGCUUUGAGGUUCUCGCCGACACUUUAGAGAUUGAUCCUGACUUCGAGGAGUUCCAGAACUUUUGCGCUCAGAAUGAUAUUCCGUUUAAUGUUAUCAGUGCGGGACUCAAGCCGGUGUUGAGGAAGGUGUUGGAUACAUUUUUGGGGGAGGAGGACUCGGCGCGGAUUGAGAUUGUGGCGAAUGAGGCUUCGAUCAAUGAAGAUGGGUCGGAAUGGAAACCCAUCUGGCGCCAUGAUAGUGAGGUCGGACACGACAAGGCACUCAGUGUUAAUGAGGCUCGGAUUCAGGCCCGCGACAACUGCGGCGAAGAUGAAGUUCCCCUCGUCGUGUUUAUUGGCGACGGUGUUUCCGACCUGCCGGCUGCGCGCGAGGCGGAUGUUUUAUUCGCGCGAAAGGGGCUGAGGUUGGAAGAGUAUUGCCGGGAACACAACAUCCCCUACACCGCGUUUGAUACCUUCGCGGAUAUCAAGCGUGAGAUUGAGAAGCUUCUGGCGGAGGAUCAGACAAAGACGGGUGGUCAUGGAAAGCCAUUGCGCUUCAAUCCAAGAGCGAAUAUGUGGCGACGUGUGUCCAGCAAGCAAGCUGUUCCUCGCUUUGUUGCUAUGACACCUUCGAAGGAAGAACGCAUGUUCCUCUGGCCAGAGACAUUCUCCGAGUUGAAGACUGGUCAGCCAGAUGCGGCAGCCCUGAAGUCGCGCGUGACUGCCAGUGGCACUGCAUAG